ACAAUUAGUAAAUAGCAACAAAUGGAGCACGCGAAGCCCAGUUCUGGCCAUGAUGAAGCUACCAGGAAAAGUAGUGUCAUCAAGCCCACACGUAAUACCGCCAUAAAGUGUUUAAAAUGCGACAAAGUGUAUAUAUUUCCUGCGGACAAAGAUGACUGCUUAGCGCAUUUGUAUCUUGAACAUCGGCUGGUUAUUGCGGAUGUAGAUGAAGUUGCAUUGCUUGAAGAAUAUCUACAGUACUGGGAGCAGGAGUUUCAAACUCAUGAGUUUGAACAGUAUUGCACUACUUUGUUUUUGGAUCAGCUUCCUGAUGGCACCUACGCCAAGAACGAAAAGUACUACUUGUUGUGUGAUAUACUGCCUCAAGACUAUGAACUUCGUCACCGGCUGCAGCAGCAGUGUUUAAGCGCGGCGCUGCAACGUCAUCAGUUCGAGUUGACCGACCGGAGCUUCAGUAAGGAAUGUCUCUUCUGCCGUACCGUUAUUAAUGGUUUGCGUUCCGAAUACUUGGAUCAUUUGUUCGAAAAACACUUUCUGCUUGUGGGCAAGCCCGAGAAGCUGGUCUAUGUUGAUGAAUUGCUCGAACGGUUGGAAACAAAUCUGGAAAAAUUAAUAUGCCUGUACUGUGAGAAGACGUUUAAAGAUCGGCCCACGCUCAAGGAGCACAUGCGCAAAAAAGGGCACAAGCGAAUCAAUCCGAAUCGGCGCGAAUACGAUAAAUACUUCCUAAUCAACUACAAUAGAACGUCGGCACCAACGAAUCGAAAACAACAGCCGCAGAAGCAGCGACAAAAACGUCAGACGUCAGGAACAGAACAAGAUGAUGCCAGCGUAGAUUUUGAUAAGCAUUUUGCUCGGCCGGAUUCAGAUUGUGAACACGAUUCCGACUGGUCUGACUGGGCGGGUGAUGGCGAUUUCCCAACGCUUAAAUGUCUGUACUGCUCUCAGGAUGAAACUCAGUUCUCUACGCUAAAGGAGCAUAUGGUUCAGAGUCACCGCUUCGACUUCGAUGCGGCCACCAGUGCUUUAAACUUCUAUCAACGCGUCAAGGUGAUAAAUUAUGUGCGUCGGCAAAUAUGCAUGCUGCGUUGUGUAAGAUGUGACCUACAAUUUGAUGAUGAAGAACUGCUUAGCGAGCAUAUGGCUCAAGAGGCGCAUUACAGCAUUGCCGAAAGGUCGAGUUGGGACAAGCCCGAGUUUUUCUUUCCCUAUUUAGAAAACGAUGGAUUGCUCUGUGUGUUGGACGACAGUACGGGAGAUGAUGUGAGUACAGAUGUUGUGCGCAUCAUUUCGGAGGAUAAUUUAGCGAACAUAAACAAAGAUGCAGAACGUUUGUCGUUAGAGAACUUUAAGUUGUAAUUUAAUAUAGAGGAAGAAUAUAAAACAUUCUGUUGACUUCCUUGAUACAUA